AUGUGGGAAAUGAUGGAUCCCGAUCUAGAGUGUGGCACAGAGUGUGGCGGACCGGGGCCGCCCCCGGAGUUUCUGGUGCCGCCACCGCCGCGGCCACCGUUUCUGGCCGAGCUACUUAACUGCAACGAGGAGCAGCAGCAGCAACAGCAACAGCAACAGCAGCUACCGUUCGGUGUGGCCACCGGCGGCAGCAGCAGCAGCAGUUCCUUCGCCGACGUCGACAUGUGUGAAGCGUUUCCGAUCCUCGACGCCAGCUACCAUAGUGGCCCAUCAUUCCAAACCUCCGCCAUGAUAGUGCUGUGUUCGGUGCUUCUGUUAUUAGUCAUUUUUAUUUCAUCGUUACUAGUGUGGAAACAUAAGCGAAAAGUUCAAAACUUCCUGCCAUGCAAGACGCCCACCCGGGGCGGACCUCACCAUCCGCACCUGGACGCGGCCGGUGUGCACUCGGGAGCCCACUCGGUAACGUACGAGGACCCGGACGUACACCUGGGCCACCAUCCGCUGGUGAUGCGGCACCAUCACCAUCACCACAACAUGGAGCUGCACGCGAAGCAGAUCCACUACCCGAGCGGCUACCCGAUGCCCCGGUCGCCGCCCCUGUUCAUCUGCUCGUCGCCCGGCCCGGACCCGUACCGGUCGCACGACAACGUGUACGAGGAGCUGGAACACGGCCACCUGCACCACCACCACCACCACCAUCCGCAUCACCUGCAGCAGCAGCAGCAGCAGUCGGUCGGCGGGCGGGACACGGACUCGGAGCCACCGAUCCAGUCGGACGAUGACUUCGCCGAGGAUGAGCUGAGCCUGCCCGGGGAUCGCUCCUUCCACAAGUCCCCGUCGGACGCGACGACCGUGGCCACGAUCUACCACGACCGGAGCAACGGUGGCGGCAGCAGCAACAGCGCGGUCACGACGGCAUCGGCCGCCACCGUCCCUGCGUCGGACCUGGGAGGCGGUGUCCUGGAGCGGAACCGAACCGAACGGAACUCGCUCCUGUCGUCGUCGUCCUCAUCCAACGCGAACGACAACCCGAUCCCGCUGCCACCGCGCGGUGGCAACGGGUCGAAUGGUGGUGGUGGUCCAUCACCCCCUGGCGGUGGUGGUGGAACCGGAACCGGAGGUAGUCUCGGCAACAACAACAACAACAACGGAAGCAAUAGCAGCAGCGCCAGCAACAGCAACCGCAACUCGAACUCGAGCGCGGACUGCGCGAGUGGCCACAGCGGGAAUGGCAAUGGCAGUAGUGGCGGGAGCAACAACAACAACAACACCGGAAGUGGGAAGAACGCCGGCGGAGGCCAGGCGGACCAGGGAGCGUUGCUGGCCGGCGGGCUCGGUGGUCUGUUCCGAUCGCACCGGAAGCAACACCACCACCCAUCGGCCACGCUGGGCUCGGGAAGGAGCCGGGGUCGGAGAGGCGGAGGACAACACCCACUUCCGGCGGCGACGGCACCGGCCCCGAUUCCGGCACCGGAUACCGAUCCGAUCGGGUUGCCGCCGCUCUAUGACGAGCGGGGCAUGAUGACGCUUCCGCCGCCAGCCUACCACCACCCACUGCACCACCCGGUAUCCGGUGGCCACCACCACCAGCACCACCUGAUGAACAGUCUGAACAACAACAGUGCGAGCAGCGCCAACAGCGGCGGGCGCUCGAACUACUACAGCACGAUCGACGACGACGAGCUGCUGGAUCCGGUGGAGCGGCGGAACCGGAUCAACGCGCAGUUGUCGGCGGGGCCGGCGGCCGUGUCCACCAUCUUCCGGCACCGGGGACCGGCCCCGUCACCACCGCUACCACCUCACCACCAUCAGCACCAUCACCACAACAACAAUGGGCCACUGCGGCUCGGAUCGCGGACGAACCCCCGGAACGGGGCUGGCGGCGGCGGCAGCGGUAUGCUGCGGAACGGGGUCAUCGCGGAGCCGAACCCGGCCCAGUACAUCUACCACGAGCCGGUCAGCUUCCACGAGGGCCUCAUCUACGACGGGUGCCUCUCGUACAGCGAUCGGAGCGGCGGAAGCGGCAGCACCGGUGGCAGCACCGGAACUGCCGGUGGCCAUCCCUAUAUCCUGCCCCAGUUCAGCACGUUCCGGAGCGGGUCCGGUUCCGGUGGCGGCGGCGCAGUCAUGAUCAGCGGAGCUCCCGGUUCUGGGGCGGCCGCGAUCUACUCGCGUGACUCCAGCUUCGGGUCCGACUCGGGCUACAGCCAGCACACGCAGGCCUCGAACCGGAGCGGUGGCGGCUGCUGGCAGGGCCAUCGACCCCACCGGCCGGCCCCGCCAUCUGGCGGACCGUCGGUGAAGCACGGCGGUGGAAGCGGUGGAGCCACCGAACCGACACUGCAGCCGGUCGUCAGGCCUCCCAGUCCGGUGUCCGGUGUCGGCGGCUCUUGA